ACGCCAGUCAAUUAAGCCCACGGCCUCGUUACUCAUCAGUCUAUGCUGCCAAUUGGUCUGAUGAGCUGUGAUGUGCUGUCUGGCCCAAAUGAAGGCACUCAGUGGCCGAGGGGCAGCCUCUUAACGAGACUCAGGAUGCUCCUUCAUUUCAAUGAGCGGGAAAUGCAAAUCACGUGACCCCUACAGGGCGGAGGCCAAAGUGUGGAGUGGUGAUUAGUUAAUUGACUGCUGGGGUACCUUCAGCCAAGGCAGAGGACGUCUGCUUCUGAGUGAUUUCUGGAGAGGGGGUCAUGAGAGAAGAUUUAUAGAACUUCUGAAGAAAGUCACAUUGGGAUAAAUAAAAUACCCGCUGUGCAUGUAGGAUACAGGGCCUUAUAAUGCCUGGCAGUGUCUUGAGCCGUUAUCCAGGGCCAUUAGCCAGUCUGAUUAUUGACUGUAGCACAUGCCAGAGCGGGAGGAUGAGCACCUCACACCCGUGACAAGGCUACUGGAGAAGAGACGGGAGAUGGCUGAGGUGGAGCAGGCGCUCGCAGCACAGAAGGAGGAAUUCCAGAUGAAGAUGGAGAGUUUACAGCAGCGCCGAGAAGAACUGGAAAGGAAAGAAGAGCAACUUAAGGAGUCCCUCCUCAAGUUUGACAGAUUUCUCAAAGAGAACGAUUCAAAGCGCAGUCGGGCCCUGAAGAAGGCCCAGGAGGAGAAGGAGAUGGCCCGACUCAAAGACCGCGACAUCGAAGAACUGAACAAGGAGAUCGCGGUGCUGACUGUUAAAAAGGAAAACACGCACAAGAAAGUGGAGAAGAACGCCAUCUUCUGGCAGUACCUGCAGAAAGUGACAGAGAAAUCCGAGAAGUUUGAGGAGAUCCGAGAGAUUCUGGGCCGCUUCGACACCCUCAUCUCCACCCAGGAGCAGCUGCUAGUGCGAGAAAGCGAGAACCAGGAGAGGAUUGAGAACGAGCGGCUGUGGCUGCACCAGUUCAUCGAGGAGAAAAACAACAAGAUCCUGCAGUAUAACAACGAGCUGGCCACCCUGCAGAGCCGGCUGGACAACGCCAGGUCUGAGGCCAUCAGAUGGGAGUCCAAGUGGAAUCACAUCCAGAACACAGCGGCUAAAAAGACCCUCCUGCUCGGCCAAAUCAAAAUGGUGACUCUGAACCUGUUCCAGCUGGUGAACAAGCAAUCUGUCCAGCAGGAGGACAUCCCCAUCGAGGACACCGCUGGACAGCUCAAGAAGAUACAGAUGUUUAUUCUAAACUUGACCGAAGUCCUGGCUGACCUGAAGAGGAUGGACGUCGCCACCUCAUCCCACUCUCUGCCUCAUCCAAACUAGGAAGAUCACAGUUAAGAUGGCCGAGUUGUCAUUACGGACUUGCUGUGUAUAUGAUAUUCACAUGGUGACCCGGUUUUCUUUUUUGGGGCUAUUCCAGCUGGAGACAUCAUUCUAUUUAAUCUGUUUGAGAAGAU